UGAGGGCCCUCCGAGAGUCCGACUCUCCGAUCCCCCCACGGGCAUGGGCUCUGGAUCCGCGAAGUAGUGUUCACUGUGCUAGGGUUUUUGCUCCAGUAGAAGCCGUGGGGGAGAGAGAGGGGAAGAGGGAGAGAUCCACCUCAUCGUCCCUCGCGAAUCCUUUGGCGAUCUCUUCUCUCUCGGUCCACUCAUGGCGAUCGGAUCCCUAGUCCCCGGAUCGAGAAUAGUGGCGAUCACUGCUCUCUUCUUCUACCUCGCGAUCGUUCUUUUCGCCUCCUCUGCUGCAGCUGAUGAUAUCCAUGGCUGCGGCGGAUUCGUCGAGGCGAGUUCACAUUUGGUUAAGUCGAGGAAGGCUUCUGUGAAGUUGGACUACUCAGACAUCACGGUUGAGCUAUGCACGACAGAUGGAUUGGUAAAGGAGAGGACUCAGUGUGCUCCUAAUGGUUAUUACUUUAUCCCAGUAUAUGACAAGGGUUCUUUUAUUCUUAGAGUGAAGGGGCCUAAUGGGUGGUCAUGGGAGCCAAAUAAUGUUCCUGUUGUUGUUGAUCACAAUGGAUGCAAUGGAAAUGCAGAUAUAAAUUUCCGGUUCACAGGGUUCAUGAUAUCAGGAAAGGUUGUGGGAGCUGUUGGCGGUGAGAGUUGCUCCUUAAAGGAUAGAGGGCCUUCUGGUGUUAAAGUGGAGCUAUUAUCCCCCUCUGAUGAUGUUAUUGCAUCUGUUCUCACGUCAGCAAGAGGGGAUUAUUCAUUCACAAAUAUACUUCCAGGAAAAUACAAAUUACAGGCUUCCCAUCCAGAUUUAGAAAUUAAGCUUGGAGGGUCACCGGAGGUAAAUUUGGGCUUUGGAAAUGUAGUGGUAGAUGAUGUCUUCUUUGCAGCUGGCUAUGAUCUUCAUGGUUUUGUAGUUGCACAGGGGAACCCAAUUUUAGGAGUACAUAUGUAUUUGUAUUCUGAUGAUGUGUCAGAGGUGCAUUGUCCACAAGGUUCUGGUAAUGCCCCUAGGCAAGGUGUUCUUUGUCAUGCAGUUACUGAUGCGGAUGGGAAGUUUACAUUUAGAUCGAUACCUUGUGGCGUCUACGAACUUUUGCCUUACUACAAAGGGGAGAAUACAAUUUUUGAUGUCUCGCCUCCUUUAGCAGUCGUUUCAGUAGAGCACAGUCACUUAAAGGUCCCUCAAAAAUUUCAGGUUACUGGAUUUUCUGUUGGGGGUCGUGUUGUUGACACCAGCGGUACUGGGGUGGAGGGCGUCAAAAUUAGGGUUGAUGGCCAGCUCAGAGCAAUGACAGAUAAUCUAGGAUAUUACAAGCUUGAUCAGGUUACAUCCAAGGAGUACUCCAUUACAGCUGAGAAGGACCAUUACAAGUUCAAUAGUCUGGAGAAUUUCUUGGUGCUGCCAAACAUGGCUUCCAUUGAUGACAUAAAGGCGGCUUACUAUGAUUUAUGUGGUUCUGUUCGAAUUGUUACAGCAAAUUCAAAAGCAAUGGUGACAUUGACACAUGGGCCUGAAAAUGUCAAGCCUCAGAAGAAACUAGUAAAUGAGAAUGGAAGUUUUUGCUUUGAGGUUCCAGCUGGUGAAUAUCGAUUGUCUGCAUUAGCAGUGGAUUCUGAGAGUUCUGGUAUGAUGAUGUUUUCUCCAUCAUUUGUUGAUGUAAAGGUGAAUAGCCCUUUGCUUGAUGUGGAAUUUUUCCAGUCUCAGGUCAAUAUUGAUGGUAAAGUAAUUUGCAAGGAGAAAUGCAACCCAAAUAUUUCCCUUUCACUUGUGAGAGUAGCAGGUGAAAUCAAUCAAGAAAGCAAGACAACCACCUUGAGUCAUGAGAGUAGUGACUUUAUGUUUACAAAAGUCUUUCCUGGAAAAUAUCAGCUUGAGAUCAAGCAAACUCCAUCAUCCACAAAAUCUGAGGAUAACUGGUGCUGGGAUCAGAAGUCUAUUGAUUUAGAUGUUGGCAGUGAGGAUGUGACCGGAAUUGUUUUUGUCCAGAAAGGUUAUUGGAUAGACAUAAUCUCAACACAUGACACAGAUGCUUACAUUCGCCAAUCUGAUUCUUCCCAAUAUGGCUUGCUGAUAAAGCAAGGACCACAAAGAAUUUGCGUAGAGAAUCCUGGGAAGCAUGAGCUUCAUUUUGUUCACUCUUGCAUUUCCUUUGGUACGCCGUCAAUAGAAUUUGAUACCUUGAAUCAAAUGCCUAUUUAUCUCAGUGGAAAGAAAUAUCUUGUUAAAGGAGAAAUUCAUGUGGAUUCUAGCUUGCAUCGUGACGCAGUUGACUUAUCCGAAUAUGUUGUUGUUGAUGCAUUUAAGAGAGACGGAAGUUUUAUAGAGACAAUCUCUACUAGGUUUGCUUUGGAUAAGAGCGACCAAAAUGGCAUGGUCGUAUAUGAAUACUCAACCUGGGCUGAUCUUGGAGGAGACUUCAUUUUUGUCCCACGGGAUUCCAGUACUAGAAGGGAGAAGAAGAUCCUAUUUUAUCCUACACAGCGCCAGUCGUCGGUUACCAUCAGCGGAUGUCAGGAUACCAUCCCUGCUAUUGUUGGUAGAGUUGGUUUAUACCUUGAAGGUUCUGUGUCUCCAGCCCUAUCUGGCGUCAGUAUCAGGGUUAUAGCAACAGAAAAAAGCACUUACGCUCCUUUAGAUAAAGGAGGCUUAGCACUUCAGAUGGAGACUAGCUCUGAUGGUUCAUUUUCUGCCGGCCCUUUAUAUGAUGAUAUAAGUUACAAUAUUGAAGCUUCCAAGCCAGGUUAUCAUAUCAAACAAGCAGGGCCGAAUUCUUUUACUUGUCAGAAACUUGGUCAGAUUUUGGUUCGCAUCUAUGGUGAAAAAGAAGGUGAUUUACUUCCAUCUGUAUUGUUAUCCUUGAGUGGUGAAGAUGGUUACAGGAAGAACUCAGUUAGUGGUGCCAGUGGCCCUUUCUCAUUUGAUAACUUAUUUCCUGGAAGUUUCUAUCUCCGCCCACUACUAAAGGAGUAUUCCUUUUCCCCGGCAGCAGUUGCAAUAGAUUUAGAAUCUGGAGAGUCUAGAGUUGUUGAUUUCCGAGCAACUCGUGUUGCUUACAGUGCCAUGGGCUCUGUGACAUUACUUUCUGGUGUACCAAAGGAAGGUGUAUUUGUUGAAGCACGGUCAGAAACCAAAGGAUUUUAUGAGGAGGCAACAACUGAUAAUUUAGGAAACUUUCGUCUCAGAGGACUUCUCCCUGAUACAACUUAUUUAAUUAGAGCUGUGGCUAAGGAAAACCUUGGAGCUGUGGCCAUUGAACGUGCUUCUCCAGAAUAUGUUGCUGUCAAUGUUGGUUCUGAAGAUAUCAAAGGUGUGGACUUCGUUGUGUUUGAGCAACCGGAAAUUACCAUUUUAAGUGGCCAUGUUGAAGGAAGCGACCUUGAUGUAUUGCGGCCACAUUUAUCCGUUGAAAUCCGAUCAUCCAAUGACCCAUCUAAGAUACAGUCGGUCAUUCCUUUGCCACUGUCAUCCUACUUCGAAGUACGUGAUUUGCCCAAGGGUAAGCACCUUGUCCGGCUUCAAUCCCGGCCUCCAUCAAAUACUCACAUUUUUGAAUCGGAGAUAGUCGAAGUCGACUUGGAAGCAGGAAUUCAUGUAGGCCCUCUGAAGUAUAAAACUGGGGAACACCAUCACAAGCAGGAAUUGACACCUGCACCAGUUUUCCCUCUUAUCGUAGGAGUUUCUGUUAUCCUUCUCUUCCUCAGUAUGCCAAGAUUGAAGGACUUGUACCAAGUGGCCGUAGGAAUGGCUCCAUUAGGUUCAAAUACCAUCCCUGGUAAAAAGGAGCCACGGAAGAUGGUUUUGCGAAAGAGAGCAUAGUGAGUUGUCUCCUCGAAAUGAUCCAGUUGUUCUAAUGACUUUAUAACUCUUAUCUCUGUAUCAUCUAGCAAUAGAGUUUAUAUUUUUCCUACUCAUUUCGAAUCCAGGGUUUGUACUAUUAUCAUGACCUGUAAAUUUUGAUCCAAUUUCUCCUUUUAGUAGCUUGAGACCAUGUAUAGUCGACUUCCAUUGCUAAUUUUGUUGCUUUUAACCGAUCACACGGUGGAUUUUGGAACUCGCUGAUGAAAGUUACAGGAAUGUUGUAGACAUUUGCCGGGCAAUGUGAUCACUUAUUUUUGAGAAAUGCCGACAGUGCAUCCUCUUUGGGAUGUAAUCCAUACAUCAUUGAUGUUGCAAGUGGGGAAAUUCCACCUUAA